UUCAUCAUCAUCAUUUGCACACAUGGAAGCAGCUCAUGCCUCUUGUAAAGAAAAGGUGGAAACCCUCCAAGAUGACUUGAAGUGUUUGAGAAAAGAGAAUGAAACUUUAAGAUUCAUGCUUGACGUUAUGAACAGCAAAUGCAACAUUCUUCAAGCCCAUCUCCAAGAGGCAAAAGCAAGACAAAUGGACAUCAAUCUCACUCAACCAGGCUUUAACCAUGAAGCAAACAAGAGAGCACGGACAUCCGAGGUUCCAAUACAUAAUAAGACACAAAGAAUCCUAGUGAGAACCGACUCUGAUGAUCACGGCAACAGCCUAAUAGUGAGAGAUGGCUAUCAAUGGAGGAAAUAUGGGCAGAAGGUCACCAAAGACAACCCAUCACCAAGAGCUUAUUUCAGGUGUUCCAUGGCUCCAGCAUGCCCUGUCAAAAAGAAGGUACAAAGGUGUCGGGAAGACAAGUCUGUUCUUGUGGCAACAUAUGAUGGGCAACACAACCAUGAUGUUCAUGGUUCUUCUCUUGGGGACUCUUCAUCUUCAUCAGAUUAUACAAUGGCCAGAGGCUCAAUGGCAAAUAUUAUUUCUCCUCCACGCAUGCCUAAUAAUAACGACCCAUUUCUCCCACCUACGGCGCUCGAUCUUACUCUCUCUGCUCCUCAUCAAGAAAAUCGAAGACCCUUUCAAAAUUCUGUGGAAGAUUCCCACAACAACAGCUACAACAAUAUUGCAGAAUAUGCUGCCUCUUUAACAAAGGAUCCUAACUUCACUGCAGCUUUAGCUGCAGCUGUUGCAAGCUCCAUCACCCAACAACCUAAACUAUCAAAGAUUUGAAUCUCAACACCAUACCUGAUCUCUGCAACUGUAAAGAGACAAAAAUGGUCUAGCGAUAGGUUUUCUUUUAUGUGUCGGAAAAUGGUUGGAGUAUUACAGAUUUUAUUACGAUCCCUUACAAACAAACGUGGUAGUUCAUAUGGUAUUUACUACGUCAAACACUAACUAAUUAAGUUUUCUUUUGGAUAGUAACUCACUAUGUCGUGUUAAGUGUUACGUGAACUACCACAUCCGUUUCUAAGGUUCGUAGUAAAAGUUAACUGUAGUGCUCCUAUCAACACUCUUUAGGUACUUAGUUGUUAAAAAUAAGGUUUGAGUAUUUUAAGUUUCUCUAAACUUUCUCUUUCCUUUUAUGAAAUCGAGAGUAUUCAGCUUUGAUCAUCAUUAUAAAGAUUAAAGAUGCCAUCAAAGUGAAAAUGGCA